AAAUCACCAAGAGUACGCCCGCCGCUUCUUUCUGCCCCCCGGUCGAUGCGACUCUAGUACUGUCGCCAUUCGCAUCACUUUGCCAGAUAGUUGCCAAUCUAAACUGGCUUUUCCCAGUGUCGCAUCAUGGCUUUGCUUCAAUACCACGCUCCUGUCGACUAUGCAGCGCAAUUGGAUGCCUUCAAGGACUUCCUAACGCACUUCAAAACCUUUGAAUCAGCUUCCGUUUCCGCUGCGACAGAGGCUAUUGAGGACUUGCACGUCGAUGGAGACCGCACCAGCGAUGAAUAUGAUUUUAUGGAUGAUGUAGAAGAUGGGAAUGGUGCUCAAAGAGAAGGAUCCAGCCGCAGGCGCCGCGAACCAAAAGUCAAAUAUAUGCAGAUUCUCCAAGAAAUAGCAGAUCGUGAACGCACAAAUAUCCUGAUUGAGCUGGAUGAUCUAGCUACUUUCGAGAAAUCACUCCCGGAGGAGACGGACCUCAAACUUGUCGAAUCUGUGCUAAAGAACACCAAGCGUUAUGUUGAUGUUCUUUCACAGGCGGCUGAUGCUGUCAUGCCUAAAGAAACCAAGGAGAUCACAUUCAAGGACGAUGUCCUUGAUGUUAUCAUGUCCCAGCGUGAGAAGCGAAACGAGGCCAUGGCCAUGGCUAUGGAAGCCGACAUGGACACAGCAGCUGAGCCAUCUAUAUUCCCCCCGGAGUUAACCCGUCGAUACACCUUGAACUUUAAGCCUAUUACUCCCUCUGGGUCAAGCAGCGAACGUGAAUCCAAAGCCCUUGCAGUUCGAAAUGUAAGAGCGGAACAUCUAGGUAGUUUAAUUACUGUCCGUGGCAUAACUACCCGUGUCUCCGAUGUCAAGCCGGCUGUCCAAAUUAACGCCUACACCUGUGAUCGCUGUGGAUCUGAGGUCUUCCAGCCAAUCACUACGAAAUCAUACCUUCCCAUGACAGAGUGUAAGUCAAAUGAGUGCCAACAGAAUAACUCUAAGGGACAGCUAUUCCUGUCUACUCGUGCGUCGAAGUUUGUUCCCUUCCAAGAAGUGAAGGUCCAGGAAAUGGCAGACCAGGUCCCCGUCGGCCAUAUUCCCCGAACAAUGACCGUUCACUGCCAUGGCAGUUUGACACGGCAAUUAAAUCCUGGUGAUGUGGUUGAUAUUGCAGGAAUCUUCCUCCCCACUCCUUACACCGGAUUCAGAGCUAUCCGUGCUGGGCUGCUGACCGACACCUACAUGGAGGCUCAACAUAUAACCCAACAUAAGAAGUCCUACGAUGAAACGGCGAUGGAUGGCCGGACUCUUCGCAAAAUCGAACAACAUCAAAAGUCUGGAAACAUGUAUGAGUACCUGGCACGCUCUAUUGCCCCUGAGAUCUACGGCCACCUUGACGUGAAGAAGGCUUUGCUUCUUCUGCUCAUCGGAGGUGUUACGAAAGAGAUGGGUGACGGCAUGCACAUUCGUGGUGAUAUUAACAUUUGCUUAAUGGGUGAUCCUGGUGUUGCCAAGUCGCAGUUGCUAAAGUAUAUUGCUAAGGUUGCUCCUCGAGGUGUGUACACUACUGGCCGAGGAAGUAGCGGCGUCGGUCUCACGGCUGCUGUGAUGAGAGAUCCUGUAACGGACGAGAUGGUACUAGAGGGAGGAGCCUUGGUCCUGGCCGACAAUGGUAUCUGUUGUAUUGAUGAGUUUGACAAAAUGGAUGACUCGGACAGAACCGCGAUCCACGAAGUGAUGGAACAGCAGACGAUUUCCAUCUCCAAGGCAGGAAUCACAACCACUCUCAAUGCUCGUACGUCUAUCUUGGCGGCGGCUAACCCGCUUUAUGGACGGUAUAACCCACGUGUGUCUCCGGUCGAGAACAUCAACCUCCCUGCCGCUUUGCUUUCGCGUUUCGAUGUCAUGUUCCUCAUUCUCGACACCCCAUCUCGUGAUGGUGAUGAAGAACUGGCACACCACGUCACUUACGUUCACAUGCAUAACAAGCACCCCGAAAGCGAGGAUGCGGGUGUUAUGUUUACGCCUCAUGAGGUUCGCCAGUAUAUUGCGAAGGCGCGCACCUACCGGCCCGUCGUUCCCGCUUCUGUCUCAGACUACAUGGUUGGAGCAUACGUGAGGAUGAGGAAGCAGCAGAAGCGCGAUGAGAGUGAGAAGAAGCAGUUCGCUCAUGUGACCCCACGUACCUUACUGGGUGUUGUUCGUCUUUCGCAGGCGCUCGCUCGUCUUCGGUUUAGCGAGGAGGUUGUUACAGAAGACGUGGAUGAGGCCUUACGUCUCGUUGAUGUCAGCAGGGAAUCUCUGUCUAACGAUGGCCAGGGCAGUGCGGAUCAGACACCCAGCAGCAAGAUCUACCACCUCAUUCGCAGCAUGUGGGAGAGUGGUGCCGCAGCCGUAGGAGAAGACGGUGAACUCAAUAUGCGGAGGAUCAGAGAACGAGUCCUUGCCAAGGGCUUCACUGAAGACCAGCUCACGAUGACUGUCGAUGAGUAUGACGAGCUCGGAGUCUGGCAAGUUAAUGGCAAUGGCACACGUCUGAUGUUUAUUGGUGGCGAUGCGGAAAUGGCUAUGUAAAGAAGGGUGUUUUUUCAUAGUGCUCGUCGAAAAAGAAUAUCUAAUGUUUACUUGCCAUGAGCUAUUCAGGGCUAAUCAUGUCGUCUGAAUUUGGCUAUCGUUCCGUAUUGAUGAUCUUUCGAGAGGCUAGACUUGGCACGGGUGUUAUGGUGCAGAGUUUCUCAAUGGAGUCUGG